CACUCUCAGUCUUUCAGUCUUUCAAUCUUUUAGUCUUUCCUUGACUACUUUCUUUAGUACACUCUUUGUACUUCAUUCUCUCCUUGUACUCUACCUUUAGUACUUUCAGUACACCACAGUCUUACUACACCAGUACACCAGUACACUACAGUCUUACUACACCAGUACUUUCAAAAUGUUCUUCAAGUCCACCAUCGUUGCUGCCAUCGCCACUCUGGCCAUCGCCGCCCCCGCCGUGCUCAAGCGGGACACCUGCUCUUCCUCCUCCACCUGCACCGGAGAUGCCACCUACUACGACACGGCCGACACCUCGUCGAACCCCUCCUCCUGCGGCACCACCAACGACGGCACCGUCGAGAACGUGCUCGCCCUGUCGCAGGACAUCAUCACCGACGCCGACUGCGGCAAGACCGUCGUCAUCACCUACAACGGCGUGACUGCCAACGGCACCGUCGUCGACAAGUGCAUGGGCUGUGAUGCCGACUCUAUCGAUCUCUCCCGCCAUCUCUUCGAGGAGCUGGCCGACCUGGACGCCGGCCGUCUCUCGGGUGUCGAGUGGUACAUUGCUGCUUAAGUACAUUAUGAUUUGGACAUGAUUGCAGAAACAUGCAUGAUUGCAAAGGCAUGCUUGCAAAAGUAUAUGAUCUUGCUAGAAUUAUAUGUCCUGGUGACAUACAUAGAAUAGAUAUGAC